AGUUCGCGUCACGUCGCCUCGUGAGCUCCAUAUAACGCCGCUCCGCAGUCAGACGUUCACAGCUGCAGAGUCAGAGGAGACGAGAUGAGUGCUUCUCAGAGUGAAAUACCCCUGGAGGGCAGACUGGGGGCGCUGCAGUGCCACUUCACCUGGGAUCUGGAGCCCGGCAGGAACAAACUUUUGAGAAUCAAGGACAUGAUGCAGGACAUCGGCACAGAGGACGGACACAAGUGGCUGGGACACAUUUACAACCUGCAGGGGUACGUCCACUUCCAGCUGGGCUCCAUUGAAAAGGCCAGGAGUUUCUUCAGCAGAGCCGAGGAGGCCUUCAGGCAGAUGAGAGGAGCAGAGGAGGGUCCCUGGCUGGUGGUGACCUACGGGAACCAGGCCUGGCUGCACCAUCACCAGGGAGAACUAGCAGAGAGUCGGGCUCGUCUGUCAAAGAUCGACAGCCUGAUGACUGAGGAUCCAUCGCAGGACGAGCUGCACCCGGAGAUCUGCGCUGAAAAAGCCUGGACUCUGAUGAAGUUCAGUGGAGAACAGAUGCUUCUGGCAGCUGAUUACUUCCAGAGAGCCAUCCGGAUGCAGGCGGAUGUGGUGGAGUGGCAGACCAGCCACGUGUUAUUGUUAGAUAACAUGUCCAAACACAGCGGAACAGGGGUCGAGGAAGACAUCAUGGAGAAGUUGAGAAAAGCCAAGGAGCAGGAUCCAGAGAACCUGUACCUCGCUGCUGUUUACCUCCUGCAACUCGCUGAGAGAGGACAAAUAGACCAAAGUGGAGCACGAGAGUUAGCCACCAAGGUUCUGAGAAACCCUGUCAGCAGCUACAGUGGAAUCAAACCUUUGCUGUGGUUUUACAGAACCUUCACCUCCAUAGACGAGGCUGUGGCUUUGGCAGAAGAGGCUCUGAAUCUACAUCCUGAUGAACGUUAUCUGAAGAGAUGUGCUGCACUCUGCUACAAGUGGAAGAUCUGGGAGAAGGACAGUCGCUCAAGUCUGAGCCUGAUAGAGAAAGGGAUCCAUGCCCAUGAGGAGUUGAUUUCUCUUUAUCCUGAUUCCUCAUUUACGAAGAGAAUAGACCUCGCAAACAUUUAUGCAAAGUCAGAGAAGACCAAGGCCAAAGCUGAGAAGAUCUACAAGGAGCUGCUCGCAGAGGAUCUGGAACCUGCUGAACAACAAAUCUUCUUCAACAUCUACGCAAGAUAUCUGUACUUCAAUCAACAGCAGCUUAAGAAGUCAAUCCAGUAUCACAUGAAGGCGGUGGAGAUACCAAUCAAGUCUGUCUUUAAAGAGAACAGCAUCAAGCAUCUGGAGAAGAUCAGAUACAGAAAGGGGAACCAAGAAGUAGACAGGUUUCUGUCUAGACUGAAAGAGUCUCAGAAAUAAAUCAACCGUAUAUCAUCCACACACAAUCUGAAUCUAUUUGCAUUCACCUAAUUCAGGGCAAAGUAAAUCCACGUAGAUUUAUAGAUUCAGCUGUUGUGAACACUGAUGAUCACAUUUUAAUUCAGCUUGUAUUCGUACGGAGUCAGAUCACAUGUAGCUUUAGAAUGUUCUGGUGGUGGUGAUAAUAUAUCCGUAUUAAAAAGUCUUCAAUAUAAUUUCUAUAUCUGUAGAACACCUGUUCAAUUGUGUGGUUGUAAUAUUGAGGUUAAUAUUAGUGAUGCAUAUGUAACAGCAGGUUUCAGGUCUGAGAGAUUCAUACAUUAUUAUUAGAGGAAGACAACAUUGAAACAUAUUCUUCAAAAUCAUAUUAAGUGGAAACUGGCUGCAGUCAUCAUGUGUUGCUGAUGUGGAGCAAACGUUUGCUCGCUCCUUUAAGAAACAGCUUGUUUGUAAAGUUUAUUAAACAGAACACACUCUGUAUUAAACUUACUAAUAAAUGUUGAAAAUUGAAA